GUAUUUGAUCAAACAUCCGAUCCACAUUCGCAUGGCCCCCUUUGAAUACUACCUCAUUCCUGGUAUUCCAAGUUGUCCAUACCAAAGAGUACCAAACAGCAGCCCAGCCCAGUCGGUUAUUUGCUUUGGAUACCAUGUCUUCAUGCUGCAUAAAAGAAUCCCUACAUGUUCUAGCAAGUACAGUGCUUAGACCCCACCAUUGAAUGCAUUUUAUCCAAAUUGCUGAAGCAAUUAUACAAUGGAGGAAAAGGUGGUCACCAUCCUCCACACAUUUGUUGCAUAACCCCCAUGUAGUUGCUUCUAUUUCUGUGACUAUUCCUCUUUUGAACAGAUUGAGCUUUGAUGGAAUCCUGUCAUGCAAUAAUAACCACGCAAACCCACAAACUUAGUUAGGAAUGUUACUGUUCCAUAACCUUAUAAAUAAUGAUUCUUGUG